AUGUCUCUUAUCAAUUUGGUUCUCCGAACCGCUUUCAUUCUUUCUUUGAUAUCGACUUCUUUUGCUGCAGUCUGCAAUGAUCAAACCAGAGGUUCUGGAGACCCUUCUGGUGAGGAAUUGACUGCAUUCCUCGAGUCUGAAAACCAAAUCUCUCGAUUUUGUUCGUUGGAUGUAUCGGGGAAGACGUCAGGGAGUGUUAACUUCUCAGACUUCAUGGUCUCUUUUGAGCGCAGUGAUAGCCCCAAUUCAACCCUGGAGCAUUGCACAGAAGCACUCCAGGAUAUCAUAUCCCAGUGCAUUGAACCUUCUAAUCCAGGAACGUAUGGAGGAAGGUCAACAUUUGACAAUGGAGAAAUAUACACAAUUAGCAAUGAUUUAUAUCCUCAAGCACCAACAGUCUCUGUAAACUUAGAGAAUCGAGCAGCGGAGGACGCCGCAAAACCAAAGCCUUCUAAAACUGCCACAAAGUCGACUCCUAAAUCAACUCAAACAACCAAGACCACCCCCAAAACAACUGUAGCACAAGAAACCACUAGUCCCAAAACCACGUCAACUACUCCAAAGCCAACUCCGACUGCUGUGACCACGAGUCUGAAGACCACACCAAAAACUCCCACUACGUCGAAAUCAUCGACCAGCAAGACGAGUUUAUUUGCAGAAACUCCAAAAACGAGCGUAACUUCCACUAGUUCCAAAACUACACAGACAAUCCCCACUACUUCGAAAUCCUCCAAAUCCACAUCUACCCUCAAGACAAGUGUAGCUUCCGAGACCCCCAAGACAAUUUCUUCAACCACGACUUCACAAUCUCAAGUAAUCACCUCAACAACAUCUCAAUCACUGAGUGCCAAUACGAGCCCAUCCUCUGCAACUCCCAAAACUAAUUCGGUAGCCACUACUUCGAGAUCCACUAGUUCUAGUAGUCUCUUAAUAAAAAGCUCUUACUUAAGUAGCCUAACCAGUCUAUCUUCCCAAACCCCCAAAACAACUUCGAUGCCCACAACUUCGCAAUCCACAGAAACCUUGUCUACCAAUUCGAGAUCCACAACUCCUAGUACUAUCUCCUCGAAGGUUUCUUCCUCGAGCAGUCUCUCCUCAAGUCAAACUUCAACAAAGAAACGUGGCACUAGUACCAGUACCAGUACCAGCACUAGCACCAACUCCAACUCCAACUCCAACUCCAACUCGAAUUCUCACUCUCCCGCCUCAUCAUCUCUAUCAACCCUCUUCUCAAUUUCCUCAACCAAAAUUUCUUCCAUCAACACUCCCACCACCACACCUAGCGCUUCCACUUCCACUUCCACCUCAACCAAAUCAUCUCAAAGCAAUAUCCCAACCUCCCUCUCAACCACUAAACUCUCCACUUCAACCCUUGAGGUAUCUUCCCACAUCCCCGAGUCAACUAACACUCCUUUACAAUCUACAUCCACAAUACCCGUUUCACUAGAAACUUCCUCGCAAAAAAGUACAUCGCAAAUUGAUUCUUCAUCUAGUGGUAGUAUCCACACAUCUAGUCUCUCAUCCACCAGUUCCCUCUCAAGCGGAACAAAAAUUCCGGCCUCCACAUCCAAUACCCUCGAACAUACUCCAACUCCCUCCUCACCUCCAGAAUCCCUCCCCACAACCAAAUCAAGCAUAUCCCCAAAUUCCAGCGAAACAACACCCGCUACCUCCUCCACCCCUGCAACGGUCUCAGAACUCCCAAGCAAUGCACAGAUCCAUUCCUCAUCCGCAUCAAAAACAUCUUCCAUUUCCUCUCUCUCUCCCAAUUCAAUCCCUGAAAUCACACCUUCCCCAUCUACUCCAGCCCUCGAAUCAACUUCGCAAUCAUUCUCUACCGAAUCUCAUAUAUCUUCCGGACAAACAAAAAUUACUCCUUCGCCUUCUCCCUCCAACACUACAUCCCAAAUUGUUUCUACCGAAUCUCUCACAUUUUCCAUCCAGCCCAAAAUCACACCACAUUCCUCGGAAUCUUCGGUUCCCGGAGCCAUCUCCUCUACUCUUGUUUCCGAAGCAAUCUCCAAAAGUGCUUCAGCUGAAGCCCUCACGUCUUUCACCCAAGCAGAAAUCACGCCUUCCCCCUCCAACCCAUUACCCCCACAAACCGUUUCUUCAUCUCCUAUCUCCGAAACAGUUUCCCAAAGUAUUUCAACUGGUUCCUUAACAUCUUCCACCCAACCCGAAAUCACACCUUCCCCCUCCACUUCCGAAGUGGAUCCGUCGACUUCAGAAACCGAAUUGACUUCGCACUCCAUUUUCACGAGAAGUCUUACUUCUUCCGUAGAGCCAGAAAUUACUCCAUCUCCAUCUCCAUCUCCAUUUGAACCCGUCGCAACCUCCGACCCAACCGAAUCACCCGAACCAAAUGAAACAUCCCCACCAGAAACUCCAGAAAGCAAUCCCACCGAAACUGCUAUUGUUUCCUCAACUUCAGCUCCCUCAUCCACACCAAUCGUUUCAUCCCCCGCUUGUACGGCCACCUCGGGAGGGAAUUGCUCUACAUGUUAUCAAUACUCUGGUUCUGGGGAUAUCUCACCUUCUCUUUCCAACAGUACUACUCUGCAAUCUCGCAAACUGCCACCAUCGAUUGCUGGUCGUAUAUCUACUACUGAACUAUACCCCAAGGUAUCCAAACGCGCCGCAGGAUCAUUUAAUUCGUUUGAUGCUGCAAAUUGGUGUGUUUUUGGUUCGGUAGAUGUCCCUUCUAUUCCUGAUGCAUCCACUUUGGCCAGAGCAGCGCUUGCUUCUCAAUUGAUACCUUCAAAUGCGGUUGGGUAUACGAAGGCUAGAUCAGGAAUUAGUUGGAAAGUGAAUGCUCCUACCGUUGACGUAGAUAGUGUUUAUGAUUCAACAAUUCUGCAAACCUUCUUCGCAAUUAGAGUUAACAGCAGCAACUGUGCAGCUUUCAAGGCUAUUUUUGAUCAGCCAGAUAUUGUCAUUGCAGGAAAAUCAAGGUUACAGACUAUUUGGAAUGCACUGCGUAGUGAUACCAAUCCCGAUUAUGCUGGAAUAGAUCAAAAGAUAAGCAUCGUCAAAGCACAAGCUUUUACAGGUGAAUUGCAACAAAAUACUACCAGCAACGAUGAGAAGUUGGCAUAUAUUUCCGAAUUGGCCAUGGCAAUGGCUAUAACCAAUGACGAUGCCAUCGCGAAGUUGUUUCAAAGCACCAAUCUCCGUAUUAAUAAAGCACUGCUUGCUAUCGAUGCGGUGAUUGGUGCUGAUGCCGUUAUUGGAGCUACCAAUAGUACCACCACGAGUGGUAUUAAAGCAGAUUGGGCAUCAACUUACCGCGCCUACCUCACUAGCCUCCUAAGCACCCGCUCCUCGACCAUCCUCUCCCAAGUCUCUAGCUAUCUUGAUAAUGAUCUUGGACCUGCUGCCAGAUAUGAUAAUGUUACACUAUCAGAUGGAACGAUAUCGACAACUGAAAAUUCCAUUGGAAAGGGUAUUGAUGCUUUACUAAAUGUGUAUCCUCUGGCUACCGCUUUUACAUUUGUCCAGGCCAAAUUGUUGGGAUUUCCUAGUGCGUAG